CAUUGCCGAAAUUCUUCGAGAUGGACCACAACAACCUCGACGAUAUCUUGGCGCGCCUCGACGAGAUCAAGAAGCUGCAGACGGAGCUUCGGCAUUUGGUGCCUCAGGUCGCCAGCAGCUCGUCCAGAGACAUCGGACACCCCCAGGACUUAACCAGCGACACGUCGAUCCGCUUCCCGUCCCUCUUCACGUUCCCGGUAGUAUCGAGCCUGGAUCCGACGUCCUCGAAGAGCGAACGGGUACAGAAGUCGACCGCGCGCUUGAAUCUCAGCGGCAAACUGUCGCCGAGCGACAGGCGACCUUCGAUCGCAUAUUUGCCGAAGGCCAGAUCGUCCGUGAGGGAAACGAGCGCCUUCUGGGACUCGUCGAGGGCCGUGAACGACGUCGUCGCGACGAAAUCGCGCUCGAGAAACAUCCCGAACGCCUCGACCUCCGCGAUGAACUCGACGACGCCGUAUCUGACGAGGAGCAACACCGUGAGCCGAGCUGCCAAGCAAGGAGCGAUUAAGGGAGGAGUAAAGAACACGGACAAAACGCCGCGCGCGAUCGUCGAGAGGUCGAUUGCGCCUAAGAACGGGAAUAAUUCGAACGCGAAGAUCCGGACUAAGGCUCAAAAUUGUGUAAUUCUACUAAGGAAUAGUACAGCAUGCAUGACGCCGAUUUUCGCCAGUUCCCCUCGGCUUCACGGUACAAUCGUCUGUGCAGACGUCGAACGUGCCAGUUUGCGCGGAAAGGGCAGCGGAAUCGCGAGGAACACGGUGGUGCCUAAGAAGAAGUCAUCGUCGUGAUGGAAACGGCGCGCCAAGGGGCUCAUUCAUCGAGCGGAUCAUGAAUAAACUGAAUUACUGCUUCAUGGACGACAAGAGAGUGACCAUGCCGCAUCGUCACCCGGGCAGUAGAACGCCCGAAAGAGUACACGUGCGCCGUGUAUCGACGAGCGAGGGCGAGACUCUG